UUGAUGAUUAUGGGAUUCUUGGGGGCUGCGGGUGAUGGAAUUUCAAUUCCAUUAAUGACAUAUAUCACUGCAAAGGUGAUGAACAGCAUUGGUGCUGAGAACGCUUCAAUCGUUAACUAUUUCACGCAAGUCGUCAAUCAGAAUGCAUUGGGAUUGUGUUAUCUGGCUUGUGGGCAAUGGGUUGCUUGUUUCCUUGAGGGUUAUUGUUGGACAAGAAUAGCUGAGAGACAGGCCUCACGUUUAAGAAUAAGCUAUUUGAAAGCAGUACUUAGGCAAGAUGUAGGCUACUUUGAUUUGCAUGUGACCUCUACAGCAGAUGUCGUAGCAAGCGUUUCCAGUGAUAGUCUUGUAAUACAAGAUGUCAUUAGAGAAAAGGUUGGUUGAUGUUGUUUCUUUUAAUUUUUUUGAUUUGA